AUGGUUCGUCGACAACUAGUACCCGACCUGAAUAGGAUCAACAUUUUGAAGUUUCCAUCGCUGGUUACCGAAAUGAUCAUCAACGAGAUGGGUUUUGUCGAUGCACUACAAUUGUCACUGUCCUCAGCAAGGUGCAAACGAACGACAAGCUCGGCUCGAAACAAGACUCCGAUGAAGAUGCAAAUUGCAAUCACGCCAUCUAGGUGUGUAUUUCUCAUUUUUGAAAAGAAUGAUACAUUGAAGAAUCUACGAUUUUUUUGGAAAUUUGGUACUCGUCCAGUUGGAAAAACUGAACAACUGAAAAUUGGAGGAAUGGAUAUGGAGAAUAGACGUGUUCGAUUCGAUGGAUGGCUACAAUAUAGAUCAUUCACUUCCAAAAAUUCCAUUGAUUUGGCUAUGAAUGUAGCCAUCACGCACUUGUUCUCUGUUUUUCGGUGCAUUGAGGUUACAGUAAUCGAUAUUAAUUUCGAAAUGCUAAAUGAUCGAUUUCGUGUGAGGAAAGCGCUGGAAUCAGUGAAAACCACUUCAAAAUUGUUUAUCCGUGGUCCCAAGUUUGAUUCAGAUGUGCGAUUCAUCCUUUCCAAUAUUGAAGUCACAAAACAUUUCUACCACUCCAGCACGUUUUCAAUGGGAACCACUAUUGAUGACAGGUUGAAUUGCUCUGAAGUCAUUGAGAUUGGGAAUAGUUCAUGGAUGAGUCCGGAAAGAUUAUGGACCAUGAAUUGUGAACGUAUUGAACUUCUCCGAUCCCGAUUCACUUCAGAUGACGUUAUGGAGUUUUUGAGAAGAUGGAUCGAUGGAAAUGGAAAGGACAAAAUAAGUUAUGUGAAUAUCGAGCAUCCCUUAGGUUUCGGAUCUUUGGAUUUUGAGGAAUUGAAUGCGACACCUUGGGAUCCAAUCAUAGAAGAAACUAUGGUGCGACCAGAAAACUCAUUGCAUUGGGGUUUGUCAAGAGCAAUGAAUAUCCAAUGUCUAGCUGAUGGUCGUGUGGGAACAAUUUCUCAAAACACUGAAAUCGAAUUUCAUUUUUUAGUAUGGCAAGAAAAACCUGUAGAAGUUGUUAAUAUUGAAGAAGAGAUUUGA